CCUCAGGUGAAUUCUAGAUGCAAAUGAAAGACUGGGAAGUCGGGUUUUUAGCGGGUUUUAGCAAGAAAAGAGUUAAGGAAGAAAUAGAGAAAAAAUAGACAAAUAUAAGACUUGAGGCUAGAGAAAAAUCGGGGUUUUCUUUGGGGGUUCUCCGACGAGGAAGGAGAAGCAGAGAAGACGAAGAGAAGAAAAAUGGGGGAUUUUUUCUGAGAAUUAUUUCUGAGAAAGAAACUUCAGAAAAGAUUCGUCCUUUUUUCAAAGUCCCUCUUCUUCUUCUUUGGCUUCUCAAACUAUUUUGCAGCUCAGCUCUCACUGUUCUUUAUCUACUGAGGACAUUAGUUUUCACAAAAUUAAGGACGUUACCUGGUAUUAAAUGGACAACACGUGCAAAGUGGAAGAAUUAGAGAUGCCAGUAACAGGGAUCUUUCAGCUACCAGGAGAACCUGCCAUUGUGAUAAAUGGCCUGCCUCCAAUGGGUCCAAGAGAUUCUGCUCCUUCUACUAGUAAUGUUGUUAGCGAUGCUAAGCAACAUGAAAAUCCUGGUUUUGGUGAAUGGUUGGUUGGAAGAGAAGUUCUGAAAUUAUUCGGAGGACAGUAUUAUGCUGGAAAAGUCGCCAAGUAUGAUGAGGAAAUGGGCUGGUACAGGGUGGUCUAUGAAGAUGGUGACUCUGAAGAUCUCGAAUGGAAUGAGUUGGAAGAAGUGCUUCGUCCCCUGGAUAUCAUGGUGCCUUUGAAAUCUAUAUCAGCAAAAAUAAUUAGGAGGCAACAAAAAUCUGUUCAGAAGCCUGCAAAACUUGGGACUGGUAACAUGCUAGGUUAGUCAAUGAACGAUGGUAACUCUUGAACAAGCUAGCUUCAUGUCGGAAACUCAUCGAAGCUAGCAAGCAGUUAUAUACCAGGCGAAGUUGCAUCCGAAUUUGUGCUGCCAUUUAAAUACGGUGUUGUGUCCCGAUCCUGGUUUUAAUAACUGAAGAAGAAAAAUCUCAUGAUCGUCUAGUUGCCUACUUUCUAGGACUUGUAUGUUUUACAUGGGAGUAAAAUAUUGGAUUUUGACCGA